AUGACGAUAUCAGACCUGGUCUUUCUUGGCUUUGUCAAGACGUCUCAGAUGAAGUUUGUGUCUGUGUCCACACAGCCUGGUCCAAGUGCUAGCGCAGGCAUGGCCUUGGCCCAGCGGCAAGUGUCGGUGCAGGAAGGGCCCCUGUACCGCACCGAGGGGUCCCACGUCACGCUGUGGUGCAAGGUGAGCGGCUACCAGGGCCCGGCGGAGCAGAACUUCCAGUGGUCCAUCUACCUGCCCUCGGCCCCUGAGCGGGAGGUGCAGAUCGUCAGCACCGUCGACCCCUCCUUCCCCUACGCCAUCUACACCCAGCGGGUCCGCAGCCGGGGGAUCUUCGUGGAGCGGGUGCAGGGGGACGCCGUCCUGCUGCACAUCACCGAGCUGCAGGACCGGGAUGCUGGGGAGUACGAGUGCCACACGCCCAACACCGACGAGAGGUACUUUGGGAGCUACAGCGCCAAGAUGAACCUCGUGGUCAUCCCCGACUCGCUGCGAGUGACGGCCGUCCCUCAGACACUGAACAAAGUGGAGCGCGACUCCCUGGAGCUGAAGUGCGAAGUGUCCAAGAGCACAGCCCAGCACAGCCACGUCUCCAUCGCCUGGUACCGGCAGCGAGGCAGCGGCGAGGUCAUCUCCCUCAGCCGUGACUUCGUCCUGCGGGCUGGCAACGCCUACGCCCAGCGGCAGGCCACGGGGGACGUCCGCUUGGACAAAGUCGGGGAGACCACCUCAAAGCUCACCAUCUACAACCUCCACCCGGCGGAUCAGGGCGAGUUUUACUGCGAGGCGGCGGAGUGGAUCCAGGACCCGGACAAGUCUUGGUACGCCAUGACCCGCAAGCGUUCCCAGGGCGCCAUUGUCAACGUGCAAGCCACCGAUAAGGAGUUCAGCGUGCGACUGGAGACGGAGAAGCGGACGUACAUCGUGGGUGAGCCGGUGGAGUUUCGGUGCAUCCUGGAGGCGCAGAACGUCCCUGAUCGCUACUUCUCCAUCUCCUGGGCCUUCAACAGCUCCCUCAUCGCCAGCCUGGGGCCCAACGCCGUGCCGGUGCUCAACAACGAGUUUGCCCAGCGUGAGGCCCUGGGCCAGCUCAAGGUAGCCAAAGAAAGCGACAACGUUUUUGUGCUGAAGAUCUACCGCCUCCGCCUUGAGGACAGUGGCAAGUACAACUGCCGGGUGACUGAGCGGGAGAAGACCGUGACAGGGGACUUCAUCGACAAGGAGAGCAAGCGGCCAAAGAACAUCCCCAUCGCUGUCCUGCCGCUCAAGACCAGCAUCUCCUUGGAGAUUAUCAACAACGCCAGCAAUGUCUUGGAGGGGGAGAGCCUGCGCUUUGGCUGCAACGUGCGCUCGGGCUUCGUGCCCCAAAGCCGCCUCUCCUUCGCCUGGCAGCUGGUGGACAAGCUAAACCGGCGCAGUGAAAUUGUGCGUCUGGAUCGGGAGGGCACCCUGCAGCCGGGCCCCUCGUACGCCGAGCGCAGCAGCUAUGGGGGCAUCCAGGUGGAGCAGGUCCGGCCCGGCUCCUUCACCCUGGAGAUCUUCAACAGCGUCAAGGCGGACGAGGGCCACUACGAGUGCCGGGUGGCUGAGUGGACGCGGACGCUGGAUGGGGAGUGGCAGAUGGUUGGGGAGCGGCACGCAGGCACCCCGGUGUCCAUCACUGCUCUGGAGGCCGGCUUUGCUGUCACAGCUAUCUCCCGCACCCCCGGCGUGACCUACAACGAGUCCUUCGACCUCCAGUGCAUCAUCAAGCCCCACUACCCAUCGUGGGUACCGGUGUCGGUGACGUGGCGUUUCCAGCCGGCAGGCAGCACUGAGUUUCAUGACCUGGUCACCUUCACGCGCGACGGCGGGGUCCAGUGGGGCGACAGGUACGCGGGUUUCCGGACCCGCACUGCCAUCGAGAAGGCUGAGUCCAGCAACAACGUGCGCCUGAGCAUCAGCAGGGCGAGCGACACGGAGGCCGGCAAGUAUCAGUGCGUGGCUGAGCUCUGGAGGAAGAACUACAACAGCAGCUGGACGCGGCUGGCAGACAGGACCUCCAACCUGCUGGAAAUCAGGGUCCUGCGGCCGGUGACCAAGCUGCAGGUGAGCAAGUCGAAGCGGAGCAUCACGCUGGUGGAGAACCGUCCCAUCCCCCUCAACUGCUCUGUGAAAUCCCAGACCAGCCCCGACUCGCACUUCGCCGUGCUGUGGUACGUCCACAAGCCCUCCGACGCCGACGGCAAGCUCAUCCUGAAGACCACCCACAGCUCAGCCUUCGAGUACGGCACCUACGCAGAGGAAGAGGGGCUGCGGGGCCGGCUGCAGUUCGAGCGCUCGGCGUCGGGGGGGCUCUUCAGCCUGACGAGACGUGGCGCAGACGGGGGCGGCUACAACUGCCAUGUGGAGGAGUGGCUGCUCAGCCCCAACCACGCCUGGUACAAGCUGGCGGAGGAGGUGUCGGGGCGGACAGAGGUCACCGUCAAGCAGCCAGAUAACCGCCUGCAGGUGAACCAGACCCACAAGAACAUCACAGUGCUGGAGAACCAGUGGGUGACUCUGGAGUGCCUGGUCAGCAGCCGGACCAGCCCCUCAUCCCAGCUCUCGGUGGAGUGGUACGUCUGGCGGGCCUACGACUGCCGUGUGGAGGAGUGGCUUCUCGACCCCAGUGACCGCUGGUACAAGCGGGCAGAGGACCUCUCCGGACUCAUCACCCUCACCGUCAAGCAGCCAGAUCCCACCUUGCAGGUGGACACGGCCACUGCCAACCUCACAGUGCAGGAGAAGGAGUCCUUCCCGCUGGACUGCAGCAUCCUGUCCCGCUCCAGCCCGGACUCCCACUUUGCGGUGACGUGGUACAACCUGCGGGCCAAAGAGGCAGGCGGCCACGCCGAGGAGGAUGAGGAGGAGGAAGAGAGGGAAGCGGUGCUGAGCGUGGGCCCCGAUGCCGUCUUCAGCCCCGAGGCCGGUCGCUGGGAGGGCCGCCUGCGCUUCCAGAGGCUCUCGGCGGUGCUCUUCCUGCAAGCGGGCGGUGCCGACACGGGCAACUACGCGUGCCGCGUGGAGGAGUGGCUGGCUGACCCCAACGGCGUGUGGUACCGGCUGGCGGAGGAGGAGUCGGGGACGGUCGCUGUUCAUGUGCAGGAUGCAGGCUCCACACUGCAGUCCGUCAUCUGCUCCAACGACGCCCUCUUCUACUUUGUGUUCUUCUACCCCUUCCCCAUCUUCGGCAUCUUGAUCAUCACCAUCCUCCUGGUGCGGUUCAAGAGCCGAAACUCCAGCAAGAACUCGGAGGGCAAGAACGGAGUCCCCUUGCUGUGGAUCAAAGAGCCUCACCUCAACUACUCUCCCACUUGCCUAGAGCCGCCAGUCCUCAGCAUCCACCCAGGAACCAUAGACUAA